UGCUGCGUUGCCUCCUGAUAACGACACUGACGGCGACGAUUGCCUCCGUGACGGCUGCACCGUCUGUGUCGCAAAAUUCCAUGCCAUUGCUGUCACAACAAACGCUGCAGAAGCACUUUCACAACAAUAACAACAACAACAACAUGAACACCUUUCACAACAGUAGUAGUGACAGCAGCAGCAGCGACAUAAGUACUUUUACUUCUGCUUCGGCGCAUAAUUACAAUCAUCGCCACUCGCAACAGCUGUCGACGGCUACAUUCACGCCCCUCACACCAGCCCCCCCAACGCCCGUACGAAUGAUGGACAUUGUGAUAUUGAAUGGCAGCACGAGUAGCAGCGGUAAUGAUGGCAUCCUUGACGGUGCCAACACAAACACCUUGAAAAGUCUUUCAUCUAUACGGGAGGCAGCUAUGGCGGGUGUGCCGAUGGGCGAUGUGAAUCAGCUGCCAAUCUUUGACUUUGGAUUGCCGCGUAAUAUAACGGCACGUACCGGUCAAGCGGAAGCCGCAAUUAAAUGUCGCGUGGAGCGAUUGGAUGAUAAGUCGGUCUCGUGGAUACGUAAACGUGAUUUGCAUAUACUGACUGUGGCUACGGCGACGUAUACGUCGGAUAAACGUUUUCAG